CUUCGCCCUCGGCGGGUGCCUGGCCCGCCCUUUCCCCCUCGGGCGGCCGCCAAACCCGAGGUAAAUCCCGCUGCUCCUCCCGCCUCGCUUCUCCCUCAGGGCGUUCCCCCCCCUGCCCGAGGCGGCGCCAUUUUGUCCCUCCCUCAGCGCGGCCGCCUCAAACCGCCUCAGGAGCCUCCGCCCGAAGGCCUUAGGGGAGGGUCUGGUGGCGCCUCCCGGCCCUCCCCUUCCCCCCGGGGCGUUUUCCCGGUCCUCCCCUCCUCCCUUCUGGGCGGUUUCCUGGUCCUCCCCUCAUCCCUUCUGGGCGGCUUCUCAUCCCUCCUCUUCGGAGGGAGGAGUAAGGAGGCGGGUGGGGAAAAUGGCGGCGGCGGCCGCGGCCGCGGGCCCGGCGCAGCCCUGGAGCGCGGAGGAGCUGCGGAGCGAGGCGCUGGCCAAGAAGGAGAUCAUCAAAUUCCUGCAGGAGCACGCGGCGCAGGCGUUCCUGGCGGAGCACAAGCUGCUGGGGCAGGUGAAGAACGUGGCGAAGACGGCGAAUAAGGAGCAGCUCAUCGCGGCUUACACGCAGCUUUUCCACACGCAGCGGUUCAAGGGCACGGACGGCGCGGAGAAGGCGGCGGAGAAGGCGAAGCCGGCCAAGGUGGAGGAGGCCAAGGGGAAGGCGGUGAAGGCUGAGGAGGCCGUGGAGGAGGGGCCACCAAAGUAUACAAAAUCCAUUUUAAAGAAGGGCGAUAAAACCAACUUCCCGAAGAAAGGAGACACUGUGCACUGCUGGUACACGGGAAAGCUGCAGGACGGGACAGUCUUCGAUACCAAUAUUCAAUCAAGCUCAAAGAAGAAAAAAGCAGCCAAGCCCUUGAGUUUCAAGGUUGGCGUAGGAAAAGUGAUCCGAGGUUGGGAUGAAGCCCUGCUGACCAUGAGCAAAGGAGAGAAGGCCCAGCUGGAAAUCGAGCCCGAGUGGGCCUACGGCAAGAAGGGGCAGCCCGAUGCCAAGAUUCCCCCGAACGCAAAGCUCUUCUUUGAAGUGGAGCUGGUGGACAUCGAGUGAGGAGCGAAUUCCCUUUGCUGCUGGGAGCCCAGGGACUGGCCUUGGAACUCGGGGCUCCAGUUCCAGCCUGGCCCUGUGGACAGGGAGCGCUGUCCCUGCCCCUCUGUACAGUGACACCACUAAACCAGUUUGUACCC